AUGUCUUAAAAAAAAUUAACUAUUUACUUUUGCGGCUCUAUGAGAGGAGUAAAUGCAAAUCAUUAAAACUAUCAAACUAUAGUUUAAGAGUUGAGUAAAUAUGGUGAAGUAUUGACAACACACGUUGCUUAUCCUGAAAUGUCAAAUAAGCUUGAGCAUAAGAUGAAUGAUAAAUAGAUAUAUGAAAGAGAUUAUAGUUGGUUUACUGAAUCUCAAGUUAUGGUUGCAGAAGUUACUGCACCCUCUCAUGGUGUUGGUAUGGAAUUGGGUUGGGCUUCUUUGAGAUAGAAUUACAAGACCUUAUGUCUCUCUUAAAAGGAAAAAGAAUUUAAAACUUCUGGCCUUAUUGCAGGGUGCCCCACUUUUGAAUACAAAGAAUACUAGAAUUAGGAAGAUAUUGUUGCAAUAAUUGCUGAAUUUAUGAAAUAAUUAUAAUGA